AUGAGUGGAAGCACGGCUGCAAGUUCUAUUAGCGAGGCUGAGCCCGCACCUCCUAGCUUAGGAAAAAUUGGAGUUUGUGCUCUAGAUGUCAAAGCUCGCAGCAAACCUAGCCAAAACAUACUGACCCGUCUUCAGUCUAAGGGCGGGUUUGAAGUAAUUGUUUUUGGUGACAAGGUGAUCCUCGACGAAGCUGUAGAGAACUGGCCCGUGUGUGACUAUCUCAUUGCGUUCUUUUCAGACGGGUUUCCAUUGGACAAGGCUAUUGCAUAUGCGAAACUCCGAAAGCCGUUUUGUGUGAACGACUUGCCGAUGCAGAAGGUCCUAUGGGAUCGGCGACUUUGUCUGAGGAUAUUAGACAACAUGAGUGUUCCUACGCCCAAGCGGUUGGAAGUUAACCGAGAUGGUGGUCCAACACUGGAAUCUCCUGAACUUGCCCAGCACGUCUAUCAACUGACUGGGGUCAAGCUUGAAGGUCCCGAGGACGGCACCGGAGGAGGUCUCUUUAGGACGAAGGACGUGGCAAUGUCUGAUGAUGGUGACUCAUUAAUCGUGGAUGGGAAGGUAUUUAGAAAGCCGUUCGUUGAAAAACCGGUCAAUGGGGAGAAUCAUAAUAUUCACAUAUACUUUCCUAACGAUCAGCAAUACGGUGGCGGCGGCCGGAGGCUCUUCCGAAAGGUUGGAAAUAAAAGUUCUGAAUAUGACCCAGGCCUCGUUAUUCCUAGGUCAGUUACGGAAAAUGGUUCCAGCUAUAUUUAUGAACAGUUUGUGAGGGUGGAUAAUUCCGAGGACGUCAAGGCCUAUACUGUCGGCCCAGACUUCUGUCAUGCAGAAACUCGGAAGUCACCCGUAGUCGACGGACUUGUCCGUCGCAAUACCCACGGAAAGGAGCUUAGGUAUAUAACAAAGUUAAGCAGGGAGGAGGCAACAAUUGCUUCUAAAAUAUCGAACGGGUUUGGCCAGCGCAUUUGUGGCUUUGACAUGCUUCGUGUUGGUGACAGAAGCUACGUGAUUGAUGUUAAUGGCUGGAGCUUCGUCAAAGAUAACAAUGACUAUUAUGACAGAUGUGCCAGUAUCCUGAAAGAUAUUUUCCUAAAUGAGAAGCGCAGACGUGAAGGGAGCCUGGAAUCCGAAUCUUUCCACCAAGAUUCGAACCAUUCAUGGAGGCACUCUGUGUCCCACAGACACACAUUGAAGACCCUGUUGAAAUCUCCCAGCACAUCUAAGCUCCAUGGAAGUCCUCCGAGCCGCAAGAGCCCCGAUAAUGAUCUCUCGGAAAAUACCGUUCCAGGGCUGCCUGCCUCUUCCGCGUUUGAGGGGCUAGAUAAUGGGAAUAGCCAUAAAAAGCCGAGCGGACGAGAAAGGGUUUCGUUCUCAGGAAGUUUAAUUCCUCAAACUGCGAAUGCAUCUGUCACGUCAACAGAUUCGAUUGAUGACGCCCCUCCUCCACCCCCAGCUUCCAAACACUCGUGGAAGCUGAAGGGUAUGGUAGCAGUCAUCCGGCAUGCAGAUCGCACACCGAAGCAAAAAUUCAAAUUUACUUUCCACAGCCAACCUUUUAUUGAUCUCCUGAAGGGGCAUCAAGAAGAAGUGGUCAUAAAAGGCGAGGCUGCACUGGCCAGCGUUUCUGAUGCAGUUAAGGUGGCAAUGGAGCGAGAACUUGAAGAUAUGGAUAAGCUCAAACUGCUCCGCACAUCCCUAGAGAAGAAAGGUGGUUGGCCUGGGACAAAGGUUCAAAUAAAGCCGAUGUUUCGUAAGCGGAAACCAGAAGAAUCCCGUAAACAGGAGGCCUCCACGGUUCUAACGAAGCCUGCCGAAGGCACCCAGGAUACGCCUGGGUCCCAUAGUCUUGGUGAAGCGCCAGGAGGAAAUGAAGAUCUAACUAGGACACAGACUCGGAGCGACUCUAUAUCCGGUGCCACAUUCUCGAGGUUUUCCGCUGCAGAGAACGAUCUCAUUUUAGACAAGCUCCAGCUUGUAAUCAAAUGGGGCGGCGAACCAACCCAUGCAGCCCGCUACCAAUCUCAGGACCUCGGUCUUAAUAUGCGCGACGACUUGAAAUUAAUGAACAAAGAAGCUUUGAAUAAAGUUCGAAUAUUCACGAGCUCUGAGCGAAGAGUGAGUACUAGCGCUCAAAUCUGGGCCUGCUCUUUCCUUGAUCAAAAGGAGCUUCCGGACGAUUUCAUACAAGUCCGGAAAGACCUUUUGGAUGACUCGAACGCCGCGAAAGAUCUCAUGGACAAAGUGAAAAAGAAGCUGAAGCUGCUUUUGCGAGAGGGAUCCGCACCCUCACAGUUCACAUGGCCCAAAGAUAAUAUCCCAGAGCCUUCAGUCGUCCUCGCUACGGUUGUUGAGCUUAUGAAGUUUCAUCGGGAUGUUAUGAGGCACAAUUUCCGGAGACUCGAGAACUCGCCGAGCCGUCCGUUCAAACUAUACCCCCAUAAUGAUGAUCCUUCCAACACACACGGCGAGCUUUCUCCAUUGGCUUCUAUUCAGGGACGUUGGUGCACUGGUGAGGACCCUAUGCUUUUCAAGGAGAGGUGGGAAAAGCUCUUCGCCGAAUUUUGCGAUACGGAGAAGGUCGACCCUAGCAAACUCUCCGAACUAUACGAUAGUAUGAAAUUUGAUGCUCUCCACAACCGGCAAUUCUUGGAAUGGGUGUUUAUGCCUCCAGACACCGACGAUGAUGCGGAAGGUGACGGUUAUUCCCAUUCGAAUAGUGUGACGCGGAGCACUGUUGUCGGGGAUAUCAGGCCAGGUAACGAAGAUACGAAUCAUGAAAGGAAUGAGGAGCAUGCGGACAGUUCAACGUUUGUGCAUCGGUUGGGGCUGAAGCGACGAAUGCAUGCAUUUGAAUCAAUGCCGCAUUUCAGGGCCCUGGAUGACACCUACGAUCACUAUUUCAAGUUAUAUCCAGGCUCAAGCGCCAAGAAAGCCAAGCUGGAUAGCAGGCUAUCCAAAUUGAGAGAGUUGUACAAAUUGGCGAAGGUUCUUUUUGACUAUGUCACUCCCCAGGAGUAUGGAAUUACUGAUACGGAAAAGCUUGAGAUCGGUUUAUUGACAUCUUUACCAUUACUCCAAGAGAUUGUUAGGGAUUUGGAAGAAGUCCAAGCCUCUCCAGAUGCCAAGUCCUUCUUUUAUUUCACAAAGGAGUCUCACAUAUACACCCUCCUGAACUGCAUCCUGGAAGGUGGUAUUCAGACUAAAAUCGCUCGGCGGGCUAUCCCCGAGCUAGAUUACCUGUCUCAAAUAUGCUUCGAACUCUAUGAAGCUAAGGAUUCCGAGUCAUCGACGAAUUCUUACUCAAUUCGCAUUUCGAUCAGCCCUGGGUGCCAUGCCUUUGAUCCCCUUGAUGUGCAACUCGAUUCGAGACAUGCAAUCGGUUGCGCCCCUAGGCGAAGCCUAACCGCCCACCAAGAUUGGAAGAAUGUUAUUGAGACGCUCAAAGCGAAAUUUGACACAGUCAAGCUCCCGAAAACAUUUAUUGCAGUGAAUCUAAGCGAUAAACAUGUCCCUAUCCAUGAGGAGGGAUCUUGA